AUUUAUUUUAUUAUAAUAUUUUAAUUAGUGUUUAGACUUUAAUAACUUUUUGACUGGUGCUAUUAGGUGUACUUUUUACAUGUUAAGUUAUAAUAUGAACAAGAACGAAGCUAUAUGACCACGAGAAAUACUAUCGCAAGUAGCGCAGAGAGAUACGAUAUUUUUGAUAAAACUAGUUUUAACGUUGCUAAUAAUACUUAAAGCUGUGAUACAGGAUAUUGAAAUGAUUAAGGGACUGAAAAUACUGAGCUCUAAACCCUUAUCUUUGAAACCCUAUGCAAGUUCAUUACAAGUAUUCAGUAAUUAUACAUCUACUAAAGGAGUACACAACGAACAAAUAUUACCAAGAUUACCACUACCCAAACUACAAGAUACAAUAAACAAAUAUUUGAAAACAGUUCGCCCUUUCUUAAGUGAUGAUGAAUAUAAUGCUACAACUAAAAUUGCAAAGGAUUUUGAAAAUGGUGUGGGACAAAAGUUACAGGAUCUUCUUUUAAAAAGGGCUGAAAAACAUAGAAAUUGGCUAGAAGAUUGGUGGCUAAAUACAGCUUAUCUUGAAUAUCGUGAUCCAGUAGUUGUAUUCUCGAGUCCUGGCCUGGUAUUUCCAUUCCGGAAGUUCAACAAUCAGCAGGAACAAUUGAGAUAUGCAGCAAAAACUUUACUUGCAGCUGUUGAUUACAAAUCACUCAUUGACAAUGAUCAAAUUCCUGUGGAAAUGAUGGGCAAAAGCCCAUUGGAUAUGUCUCAAUACAAGAAGAUAUUUGGAACAUGUCGCAUACCAUGGGAAAAACGAGACAAAUUAUCUUUCAAUGAUAGUAAAUAUAUUACUGUUUUACACAAUAAUCACAUCUUCCACUUAGACCUUUGGGGUGAAGAUGGAAAGCAACUCAAUGAAGAUCAGAUUGUAGAAAAUUUAGCAAAAAUUAUAAGCCUUUCUCCCGAUCGGGCCAUUAGCGCUGUUGGUGUUCUGACGUCUGAAAAUCGGGACACAUGGGCUAAAGCUUAUCAAUUGCUCAGUAAAGACACGACGAACGCGUCCAGCCUGCGCGAUAUCGAGCGCAGCCUGUUCAUACUGUGUCUCGACCGCGCCUGCGGGCUGUGGGCGGGGCGCGAGGACGCGCGCCGCUCGCUCGCCGCCGCACACACUAUACACGGCGACGGCGCUCAACACAACGGCGCCAAUCGCUGGUUCGACAAGACUGUGCAGUUUAUCGUGGGUGCGGACGGCGUGACGGGUCUCACGUACGAGCACUCGCCGGCGGAGGGCCAGCCCAUCGCCGUACUCACUGAUUAUAUUAUAAACUACGUUAAUCAGAACAAGCCAGUUGGAACACCUUCGUCGAAACCCAAGCAGCCGGUCCAUUUACAAUUUAACGUGAACACUGAUGUAGCAUCCAUGAUCAAAACCGCCGAGACCAAUCUUGACAAGCUCGCCAACAACUUGGAGCUGGAUUGCUUCAAAUUCGACCAAUUCGGAAAAGACUUUAUAAAGUCACAAAAAAUGAGCCCAGACAGCUUUUUACAGAUUGCCAUGCAGUACGCUUUCUACAGCGUCCACGCAACGGCGGGCGCGCACUACGAGUCGGCGGCGACGCGCAUGUUCGCGGGCGGCCGCACCGAGACCAUCCGCUCGUGUUCCCCCGAGUCGGUCGCGUUCGCGCGCGCCAUGCUCGACGACGCCACGCCCGCCCGCGACAAGGUCGCCGCCAUGCGCGACGCCAUCAAGUCGCACAAGGAUUACACUGUGCAGGCACUACAAGGAUUGGGAGUUGACAGACACUUGUUGGGUUUAAAAUUAACCGCGAUUGAAAACGGCAUUGAAAUACCUAAACUAUAUUCCGACCCCGGCUUUACGAGAAGCGCUCAUAUGAGGAUAUCUACGAGUCAGGUGGCGUGCGCGUGCGACGGGUUCAUGUGCUACGGGCCGCUGGUGGGCGACGGGUACGCGACGUGCUACAACCCGCGCGCCGCCGAUGUCAACUUCGCCGCGUCCGCCUUCCGCGACAACCGCGGCAGCGACCUCGCCGCCUACACCGCCGCGCUGCGCCGCGCGCUCACGCACAUGCACGAUGCGCUGCUACACGCCGCCCCCUCCAAGCUGUAGGCCACUUAAACUAUACCCCGGAGGUAUACCGAACGUGUUCUGAGCUGCGAGUCUUCCAUUAAAAUGUCAAAAACUAAGUAAACGUUAUUUUAGUCGUUUAGCGAAAUUUUCGGAUUCCCCCGUCGAAGUCACCUGGGUAUAAGUUUUCUUCCUCGAGCAGAUGUCCUGCCCGGUUUAAGGCGACGCCUUGAUAAUUUGGCUGUAGC